AUGAUCCUCCCGCUGCUCCUCUUCCUCACUCUCCUCAUCCCCUCGACCACAGACUCCCAAAACAACAGGACCAAUGCUUCCAACAAAAAGAUUCUGAUUGGUUUCCAGGCCCCAUGGAACAUAUCGUACCCCUUCAGUGCGCUGAGGCUGGGAGCGGCCAUCCAGAUCGCUGUGGAGAAGGUGAACAACAACCCGGCUAUUCUGGGCAAUUACACCCUGGAUUUCGUCUUCACGGAUACAGAGUGCAACCCCAAAGUGUCCCUGGGAAGCUUCAUCCAUCAGGUCUGGAAGGAGAACGUGUCUGCGCUGUUCGGACCGGCUUGUCCCGAAGAGGCAGAGGUGACCGGUCUCAUCGCCUCAACAUGGAACAUCCCCAUGUUUGGCUUUGUGGGUCAGUCCUCCAAAAUGGACAACAGUUACAUCUAUGACUCGUAUGUGAAGAUUGUGCCGCCGCUGAAGCGCAGCGCGGAGGUGCUGGUGAAGACUCUGGAGUUCUUCGGCUGGAGGUACGUGGCCAUGCUCGGAGGGGGGCUGGACUCCAACACGUGGGACAAAGUGGACUCUCUGUGGAAAACCGUAGAGGAGCCGCUCAAGCAGAAUUUCAGACUCACCGCUGCCGUGAAGUUUGACACCAGCAACCGGCAACUCCGCUAUAACAACAUCAAGUUCAUCGCCACAGUAGCAAGAAUAAUAGUGGUGAUAACGAACAGCGAGGACUCUAUGGCUCUCUUGAUGGAGGCUGAGAGACAAGGCCUGAUGAAUGGAGAAUACAUUUUCUUCUUGGUCCAACAUUAUGAGGUCAGUGGCGCCGUGGAUAACUUGUGGAAAUACGCUCUAAACGACAGAAUAAACCAGCCGGCCAUCAGAGCGUUUGAUAUGGCGUUUGUGAUUGGUCAGAAAUCCUACGAAGGCUACGAGUAUUACGACUUCUUCGACCAAGUUUUUGAAAGGCUUAAAAGUGCUCCAUUUAAGAGCAACCUCACAUCGGACAGAGAGGUUAGUCCCUACUCUGCAUACCUCCAUGACGCCGUGCUUCUAUACGCCAUGGGCCUCAAAGAAGUCCUCAAAGAUGGCAAGGAUCCGCAUGAUGGACUGGAGCUUCUUAUAAGGCUGAAAAAGAAAAAUAAUAUCCGGUUUUAUGGUGCUUCUGGGCUGGUCCAUUUUGACGACGACGGGGAGAGAAACUUGGAUUAUUCCAUAUACGACCUGCAACACUUUGGAGAUGCCACCAAAUUUGUGCCGAUUCUCAAUUUCGAAAGUCACACCAAAACAGUGCGGCCAACUGCUAUGUUCCCUUCCAUGAUUUGGCCCAAGGGAAAACCACCAUCUGACAACCCCGAGUGCGGCUUCAACAAUGAACUGUGUGAAUGGUUAAUCAAUGAUAUCGCGCUGCUGUCUUUGUUAGUGAGCUUUCCUUUCAUUGGAGUGAUUGCCGUUUUGUGCAUCGGCAUCCUCGUUCUGCAAAAGCUGCGUCUCCAAACCAAACUGGACGAUUCGUGCUGGUGGCUUAUAAACUACAGCGAUAUCACAAUAAUCAGAGAAUCCAAGACGAGCAGGGCUUUGUCUUAUAGCACCACGGCCAGUCACAGCGGCAGCGGAGGCUCUCAGUCUAACUUCUCCAACAACAGCUAUGGGCUGAAAGACAAAACGGGGAAAGAGAAUGUCUAUGCCAGUAUAGGGCUGUACCAGGGGAAUCAGGUUGCUAUCAAAUACCUCAAGGAUCACGCAAUGGUGAAUGUUCAGAAGCCGUCCAUCAUUGCAGAGCUUAAUGCAAUGAAAGAAAUGAAACAUGAAAACCUCGUGCAGUUUUUUGGAGUUUGCAACGAGCCACAAAACGUGUGUUUAGUGAUGCAGUAUUGUAAGAAGGGCAGCCUCAAGGAUAUCUUUGCUUCGGACGCAGAGAUAGACAGCAUGUUUAAGCACUCUUUCGCUUAUGAUAUCGUCAAUGGGAUGGAGUUUAUUCACAAAAGUUGCAUAAAAUUUCACGGUAACUUGAAGCCCAGCACAUGCCUUGUGGACAGCAGACUCCAGAUUAAACUGUCUGGCUUCGGACUUUGGGAAUUUAAAAAUACUCUGAAGAAAAGGAUUGCUUCACUGGAAAACUCCAAUUACAAAGAGAUGUUUUGGAUCGCGCCAGAGCUGCUAAGACAAGUUGGUCACCAGUGUUACGGGACGCCAAAGGGGGAUAUCUACAGUUUUUCUAUGAUCAUGUGGGAACUCAUGUACAGCUCCAAAACCGGCCCCUUCUCCGACUUCAACCUGGAGCCAAAAGAGAUCAUCAUGCAGCUCAGGACCCCAUUCCAGGGCGAACCGCUGCGUCCGUCUCUGUCCGAACAACUGUGUGCGGAAAACAUAAACUCUCUGCUCCGAGUCUGCUGGAGCGAGAACCCCGACCACAGGCCCCCGUUUGGCUCCAUACGCAGACAGCUCCGGGAGAUCAGCCCAGACAGUCACACAAACAUACUGGACAAUAUGGUGGAUAAGUUGGAGAAAUAUGCUAACCACUUGGAGGAGGUGGUGGAGGAUCGGACCAAUCAGCUGACCCUGGAGAAGGCGCGAGCGGACAGGCUCCUCUCCAGUAUGUUACCCAGGUACAUUGCCGAUCAGCUGAUGGCCGGGAAGUGUGUGGAGCCGCGCAGUUACGAGCUGGUCACCAUCUUCUUCUCGGACAUCGUGGGCUUCACGUCCAUGUGCGCCGUCAGCUCCGCGAUGGAGGUGGUGACUUUUCUCAACGACCUCUACAGCCUUUUUGACGAUAUCAUCAAGAUGUACGACGUCUACAAGGUGGAGACAAUUGGUGACGCGUACAUGGUGGCGAGCGGACUGCCGAUCAGCAACGGAAACAAACACGCCAUCGAGAUCUGUACCAUGGCUCUGCACUUUAUGAGUUCAAUAAAAGGCUUCAGGAUCCGCCACAUGCAGAACGAGAGCCUGGCGAUCCGCGUGGGGAUUCAUUCAGGUCCCGUUGUUGCAGGCGUGGUAGGAACAACAAUGCCUCGCUAUUGCUUGUUCGGUGACACAGUCAACAUGGCAUCCAGGAUGGAAAGUAACAGCUUACCUCUAAAGAUCCACAUCACACAAAGCACUGCAGACGUCCUGUUCACAACGGGAGACUUUGAGAUGGAGGAGAGGGGGGAGGUGGAAAUGAAGGGAAAAGGUUAUCAUAAAACUUACUGGUUACUGAAUAAACAAGGCUUCAACCCUCCUCCCUUCCAACACGACUCUCCAGCAGCAGACUCCCUCAGGCCCCUGCAAGAGAAACCUGGACCGUCCAAAGCAGCUGAUAAAAGGACACAGAACGUUCUGAUUAAGCCUCAGAAGACCGAGAGCCAGAUGCCGGCGGUGAAUAUUUAA